AUGAAGUUGGAUUCUUUGAUUGCUGAUUGUCGAAAGAAUAAACUUUUUGGCUCUGUGGCUGGAGUUAUAUAUACAAUUGAGUUCCAAAAGCGGGGUCUCCCUCAUGCUCAUAUAUUGAUUUUUUUGGGAAAGAAUCAAGACGUUAGUGAUGUUGUUACGCUAGAUAAGAUAAUUUCUGCAGAGAUACCAGAUGAAAAGACAGAUGUGCAAUAUUACAAAGCGGUGGAGGAAUUUAUGAUGCAUGGGCCAUGUGGAAAAGCAAGGACAAAUUCUCCAUGUAUGGUAAAUGCACGAUGCUCGAAACAUUUUCCUAAGAGAUUUGUUGAGAGUUCUACAUUUGAUGCUGAUGGGUACCCGGUAUAUAGAAGGAGAGACAACGGCAAUAUAGUUACAAAGAACGGGAUCGCAUUGGACAACAGGUAUGUUGUACCACACAACAGACAUUUAUUGCUUAAGUAUAAGGCUCACAUAAAUGUGGAGUGGUGCAACCAGUCACGCUCAAUCAAGUACCUGUUCAAGUACGUUAACAAGGGUCAUGACAGAGUAACUGCAGAAUUCUACAACACAACCGGUGAUGAACAAAAGGGGAAAGCAAUAGAUGAGAUCAAUAUGUACUACGAUUGUAGGUACAUAUCACCAUGUGAAGCAGUUUGGCGUUUGUUUGGUUUUGAUAUACAGCUUAGGGCGCCUUCAGUUGAAAGGUUAAGCUUUCACCUUCCAAAUCAACAGAGCGUGAUAUUUUUAGAUGACGAUCCUGUCGAGAACAUUGUAAAUAGACCAACAAUAGCACAAAGCAUGUUCUUAGAAUGGUUUGAAGCGAAUAAAACUUUCCCAAAUGCAAGAGAGCUAACUUAUGUUGAAAUGCCCACAAAAUUCGUUUGGAAGAAAGACGUCCGAAAAUGGCAACCAAGGAAAAAAGGUUUCUCAAUUGGUCGGAUAUUUUAUGUUCCCCCAGCUUCUGGCGAAAUAUUUUAUUUGAGGUGUCUAUUGAAUAAAAUAUGUGGGCCUACAAGUUUUGAAGAUAUCAGGACUGUAAAUGGUGUCAUCUAUGACUCAUUUCGAGACGCGUGUUAUGCAAGAGGUUUAGUUGAUGACGAUAACGAAUAUGUUGAUGCAGUUGAAGAAGCCAGUCAUUGGGCGUCAGCAGAUCAACUGAGGAAACUAUUUGUUACAUUGCUAAUGAGCAGUUGCAUGGGUAAACCUGAGACCGUUUGGUAUGCUGUGUGGCCACAUUUGUCAAAUGAUGCACAAUUCAAUAUCCGGAAACAAUUGCACAAUAGAGAUUUUGUGUUGAGCGAUUCGCAUAAAAUGAACUUUGCUUUAGUGGAGAUUGAAAAACUAUUAUCUAUUCAUGGAAAGAGUUUGAAGGACUAUCCUGAAAUGCCUGCUGCAAGCUGUACCGCAUUACAUAUCGAACAGGUCAUAUACAAUGAGGUGUUAACCGAUAUUGAUGGCCAGUUAGGAGGUUUAUUCUUCGUUUACGGUUAUGGAGGUACUGGAAAGACUUUUUUGUGGCGUGCAUUGUCUUCCGCACUAAGGUCUAAAAGAGAGAUAGUGCUAAAUGUUGCAUCCAGCGGUAUAGCGUCGCUUUUAUUACCAGGAGGAAGAACUGCACAUUCUCGAUUUGCCAUACCGAUUUCUGUUAAUGAAGAUUCAACCUACAAUAUAAGUCACGGCAGUCAGCUGGCCGAGCUUAUUGUGCAAAGCAAGUUGAUCAUAUGGGAUGAAGCUCCAAUGAUGCACAAAUUUUGUUUUGAAGCCCUAGAUCGAACUAUGAGAGAUUUGAUGCGUUUCCAAAAUCCAAGGAGUUAUGACAUGACAUUUGGUGGUAAAACAGUGGUGCUAGGUGGAGAUUUCAGACAAAUUUUACCAGUCAUUCCGAAGGGUACUAGACAGGAUAUUGUCCGUGCUAGCAUUAGCUCCUCAUAUCUAUGGAAAUCCUGCAAAGUAUUGCGACUGACUAAGAAUCUACGACUAAGAAGUGUACAGUCAGAAAUCGAGUGUCGAGAGAUCAACGACUUUGCAAAAUGGAUAGCUAAUAUAGGUGAUGGAACGGUCGGUAUUCAUUUUGAUGGUGGGUCAGAUAUUACAAUUCCUGAACGUUUAUUGCUCGAGUGUGAGGAUGACCCUAUUGCCACAAUUGUUGAUAGCACCUUCCCGAAUUUUAGACAAGGGAUGGUUGAUCUGUCAUACCUCAAUGAUAGUGCAAUUUUGGCUCCAACAUUGGAUGUCGUAGAUAGCAUUAACGAAUACAUGAAUGACCAUAAUCCGGCUGAGGGAAAGACAUAUUUGAGUUGUGAUUCCGUUUGUAAAUCAGAUUCAAAUGUUGAUAUGUUAGCAGAUUUGCACACUCCAGAAUUCUUGAAUGGCCUUAGAUGUUCUGGAGUACCAAAUCAUGCUUUGACAUUGAAAGUUGGGUCACCUGUUAUGCUUUUGAGAAAUAUUGAUCACACACUAGGAUUAUGCAACGGUACAAGGUUGAUUGUUACUAGGUUAGCUGAUCACGUGUUGGAAGGCAAGAUCAUGUGCGGUACAAAUGCUGGAACAAGAGUAUUAAUUCCUAGAAUGUCACUGACACCGUCAGAUUCGAGAUUGCCUUUCAAAUUUCAACGGAAACAAUUCCCGUUGAUGCUAUCUUAUGCCAUGACAAUUAAUAAAAGUCAAGGACAAACACUUUCUAGAGUGGGAUUGCUGUUGAAAAAACCUGUCUUUAACCAUGGACAAUUUACCUGUGUGUAUAAUGCCGUGAACCAGUUCCUCACCUGGUUGCCUGGCUCAUUCUUGUUGAACGAUGGGACAUUUGUUGGUUUUGUUGAUCUUGGUUACCACCUUGACUCGAGGACUCUCCCCUUUGAAGUUGCAUUAUUGGGUGGUCAUAAGGCAUUAGCUUGUACGUGGGACGAGGUUCAUAAUUUUGAGUUUGAGGAUGGGCAUGUUGAUAAGAUGACCCCUGUUGUGUCGAAUCUUACACAGCACUCGUCGGGAUCGUAA